UCUGAUCCCGUCUCUGUCGCCUUGACCAAGAAACCACCAGCCUCAUCUCUCUCAUCUGGAGACGCAUCUCCAAGGAAGAGAGAGAGAGAGAGAGAGAGAGAGAGAGAGAGAGAGAGCGGCGAGGCGGCGGACCGAGCGCUUGGCGGCCAGUUUUGGUGGUGGGGGUUCCCAUGGCGGCGGCGGUGGUGGUGGCGGAAGGGGAGCUGGAUCAGGUGAUGGUCCGCGCCGCGCAGAUUCUCGUCAGCCUCCGGUCCAAGAAGCUGCGGGCGUGGCCCAAGUGGGUCCCGAUGCCGGCGGCCGAGGCCGAGGCCGAGGCCGAGUCGUCGCCCGGCACGGCACCGGCGGAGGUGCCGAAGGGAUGGGCGGGACGGCGGCCGCGGAGUCGCGGGAGGCGGGGCUCGUGCGUUCCCUGGAUGAAGGCGUUGCGGGAGCUGGACCUUGCGGGAUCCGGCGGUGAGGAAAGGGACGCGGCGGCCGGAUCCGGCUCGCCGUCGACGAGCUCCGCCGACCACGCGGCGCCGACGCAGCCGCGCCCGAGCCACGCGGACGGGAAGGCAGCGGAGAAGGCGCUCGCUGCCGCCACGGCGGUGGCGAAGGAGCCCAUGACGGCGUCGAGCCCGAACACUCCGCUGGACUACGGCGCCGGCGGAUCCCGCGCGUCGUCGAGCACGGACGACGCGGCGCGGCCGCGGGCGAAGCGGAAGGGCCCCGGCGCCCGCGGAUCUGGCGGCGAGGACGACGAAGGGUGCAGCUCGCCGGCGAAGCGGCCGCGGGCGGUGGCCGACGAGGUGAAGCCAAUUCCCACGAGUAUGCAGGGUGAAACAAGCGCAUCCAGCGCCAAGGGCUUUGCAUUCGACCUCAACUUUCCACCGCCAUUGGAUGACGGUGCCUGUCCAGACGCCUGCUGAUCAGGGCCGGAAGAAUUUUUGCUGAUGAAGAGUUUGCGCUCGUGGAAAUAAAUCCAACCCUACUCUUGUUGUACAUAAAGAAGGGCUGGCCAGUCUGGAGGAGCUGCUAAGGGGAGCGGCCUUCAUGGAUUAUUACGAGGCGCGAGGCUGCUGAUGAGGAUGAUCAGGAUUCAGGAGGCGUUGGUUUCAUUGGAUCCUUCAGGUUAAUCUUAGUCAGCUUUGUUCCUUGCCCGGUGCCGGCGUUUGGCGAGCAGUAGGCUCGCCCAUUGCCCUGUUUAGUUCUUCUCUUUUUUUUUUUGUGAAUCUGAAUUCAAUUCACUCCGUGUGGAUUCCACUGAUACGGUGAAGGAACAACAAAAUACAUACCUUAUUAGUUCAUUUCUUACAAUGUUUCUCAUCUCGCUGUUGAUGAUUUCACA